ACUUAUCUUCUUCUUCUCCAUCCUCAAAGUUCCAAGCAGAAAUGACGGUGAAGAUAAGGCUCGCGCGUUUGGGUUGUAAACACAGACCCUUUUAUCGGGUAGUUGUCGCCGAUGAGAAAUCGCGGAGGGACGGCAAGCAAAUCGAGGUUAUUGGGUUUUAUGACCCACUCCAAGGGAAAGAAGAUGCCAACAGAGUGAGCCUCAAAUUCGACAGGGUCAAGUACUGGUUAUCAGUUGGAGCUCAACCAACAGACUCGGUCGAGAACAUGCUUUUCAGGGCAGGUCUGAUACCCCCAAAGUCCAUGGUUGUUAAAGGUUCAAAAAAUGGACAGCAAUCUACAAGCCAGCAUGUUUCACCCAUUACAGGUGAAAUCUUGAACUAGGUGUGUUUUCUCUAAUGAGCUGAGAGAGAAAGAGAGCUUUUGUGUUUAUGUCGUUGAUGUAAUGCUUCAUUGGUUUCAGACUUUUGUUUUGAUGUAAUGCUUCAUUGGUUUAAAGACUUUUGCUUUGGACCUGACAAACAGAGUGUUGAAUUCUGAAUAUGAGCUUCAGGCUAAAUGGGCUUUGGUAAGAGGCCCAUAUUUCAGAAUUUGGGUUCAUUCUCAAUAUCUAGAUUGUGGGCUAAAGACAGGAAUUAUUUA